AUGUCAAACAAGUCUGUGACACGUUUGUACAAGAAUGGCAUAAUUGCCAACGAUAUACAUCUCAUCAUAAAGAAUUGGACUAUAGAUUACAAGGACAUCAGCAUGAUUUUAUCCGACGAUACCACAUUCUUUGCAAGUUUGAAGAGUGUGGUAAAUACAAAAGAUAUACAACAAUGCCGCAAGUUACUUGGAUUAGCAAACAAUAUUGAUCUAGCUAUGAUCUGUGUCAUAGUCAUGUCGAAUACAUUUGUUAAUAAUGAUGAUUUAGUUACCAACUGGGUGGCUUCCGAUAUGCAAGAGUCAUCCAUAAGGAUAUCUGUUCGCGGCAAAUUGCCCCCCGAAUUAAAAGCUAUUAACACUGGAACUAUAUGUGCAAUUUUAAACCCGGAUAUUAAAGAACAAAUGGUGAAAACAGACUUGAAGUGUAUAAAUAUUAGACAAAUGGAUGACAUUUUAAUCAUUGGAGAACUUGACGGUUUACAGUUUUGCAAGGGUAUUACCUCAAAGGGAACCGCGUGCAGAAAUUUUGUAUAUACGCACAAUCAAGGUGACUUUUGUAAAUUUCAUGUAAAGUCCGGGACAAAAACUAAAAAGGUCAGUUCGGCUGUUAAAACCAAUGUAGAGCAUCCCAACACAAAGGUAGGAUCUACCUUAACUGACGACCGAUAUAUCCAUAUUUAUCCAACCUCAAUAAAGAAGGUUAAUACUCCGUUCACAUUUACUGAUUCUGGAUAUUUAAACAAACCAAAAGAAACGAUUAAUAAAUUAGGGGAUCUUAACAUACUAGUACAAAAGGUCAUAAGUGAACGUAAUAAUGAUGUAAACAAAGACACACGUUCUCUCUCAAAUAACGAAACCAAAGCUAGGUCCUCCGGAAAUAUAACAAAGUCUGCACGCUCAAAAGAAUUUGAAAGGCUGGCUCAAAUGAUACAUGAACACUCCCUAAAGGGGACUAAAGAGUACAAACAAAUCCUCGGAUCGCUACAACUCAUAGUAAGGCGAUUAGAUGGUGUAAGUAGCGAUGUUAUUGAAAGAUGCGAAAUAAUGAAAUCGUGCAACCGUCUCUUGGACCAUCCCAUAGAGAGCAUAGCUAUAUCCAGCCUUAAACUUAGGAGAGCUAUAAGAAAACAUCUGAAGACUCCUAACAAGAAUUUGACAACACACAGGUUCACAGGCUCCGUUUGUAGCGGGCAUAAACCUACCCAGACAGAUACAAAAGAUGAGGAAGGUAUGAAAAUAAAGGAUCGAUUAAAAGAGUUGGAGAAGAUGGAUAUCGCUGAGGAGUAUAAACAAACCAUAAAGUUUAUAGAAGUUCUUGCAUACUACUGUGAGGAAUGUGAUCGAUGGGCCGAACACAUAAACCCGUACUGCAAACAGGAGAAUCACACAUUUAUAAGGAAGAAGGUUAAAAAGGAAUCACAUUUUUGUAUGAACGAAAAGUGCAGAUAUAAGUACUACUCUUUGAAUGGCCAAAACCCCACCCUCUGCCCCAAGUGUAAAGAAUCCACGAUCAUUUCUGAGAAAACUUCAUUUUAUAACCCUAGACCAGAUUAUUUGUUGCCUAACGAAAUCCUGUUAGACUGCGAAAUCGGUGCACAUAGACCUAGGGAUGCGAAUUCUUAA